UGUUCCUUUCGGCUUGGUGCUGAGUGGAUCAUCUGGAGAACUGGAGGAGGCAGAACAGCAUCUCUGAGUAGAGACGUUGCUGUGGAUGUAGAAGGAAGAAGGGGAUUUCGCAGCUCAGGCAGUUUCUGCUCUCUCUACCGCAGAAAUUGUUGCCAUUGUUACGGGAGCGCUGGGCUUCAAGGCGUUUGCCAGGAGAUAAGAAGGGAAGGAACUUUCCUGUCUCUCCUUUCAGCAGGCCAGAUCUUCCCCACCCCCUACUUCUGCUAUUCCUAAUACUGCCAUGGAACCAAACAGUCCUAAAAAGAUACAAUUCGCCGUGCCAUUAUUUCAAAGUCAAAUAGAUUCUGAAGCAGCUGAACAGAUCAGGAAAAGAAGGCCCACCCCAGCAUCCUUAGUAAUUAUGAAUGAUUCGUCUCCUGAAAUAGAUGAGAAGAGAAUGAACAACAACUCCCAAGAUGAAUCACAGAACGUCUCCCCUAAACAGAGGAAGCAGAGUGUCUACACUGCGCCUGCCAUGAAAGGAAUUAAGCAUCUAAAAACCCAGAAGGACCUGGCAUUUCCAGAGGAAGAUGAAGGAGUCUGUGAAAGGGAUGAGGAAUAGAACCUUUAAUGGCGCCAAAGCUCUCGUGAAAGAUGAAGCUGCUCAACUUUCAGUACUUACUGUGGAACUUUAUGGCUUAUGUUCCUGAUCCAAAAGAGUCUUCAUCCUGGUACCUAAGAAAAGGAGGGUUUUGCAGAGGAAUUCAUCAUUUGCAGAAC